GGUGGAUCCGGGAAUCCACUCAAGCGGCGCCCUUCCGUUGCUGCCACGCUACCUGCUCUCGUCUUUCAAGCAGCAGCCCACGCCCCUGUUUCUCAAUUUUCCAAGCUCCGAAAUCUUCCUCUCUCUCAUCUUCCAAGCUCUCAUCUCUUCCUACCUUUCGCCGAUCACCGCUCCGCCGGAUUUUCGCCGGUAUCCACUCCGAAUCUGACGCCAUUCUCGCCUUAUAGCCUUAAACAGGGCUGAGGUUAGGAAUGUGUUGAACGAACUAGGGCUUAAGCUGCGAAGUGGAAGAGGAGAAAAAAGAUAUGGGUGCAGAGGAGGCGGUUCUCAGCUUCCUUGAAUCGAACGAAGAGAUAUCGGAUUCGGGUAAGUUCUCCGCUACCAUCGGGAUCGACCACAAUGAGAUCGUCAACAUAAUCAAGAGCCUCCACGGCUUCAGACUCGUCGAUGCGCAGGAUAUCAAGAGGGAGUGGUGGGUACUUACUGAUGAAGGUAGAUCAUACACUGUUGCCGGCUCUCCCGAAGUGCAGCUCUUCUUGGCUGUACCCCCGGAGGGGAUCCCUCGCGAAGAGCUACAGAAAAAGGUUGAUCCCACAGUUUUCAAAAUUGGUUGCUCCCAGGCGAUAAAGAAUAAAUGGGUGGAGAUGGGAAAGGGGCUAGUGUCUAGAAAGGUUCAACAUGUGGAGGAUCGAGUCAAGGAUUUGCUUAAACAAAUACAAGAUGGAGAGGUAAUUGAUGCAAAAGAUAUCGAUGAGCUGAAAAGAAGAAAGCUGAUUGCUUUGCAGACAUGGAAGGGCUAUUCACUAAGGAAAGGUCCUAAUUUUGCUCCGAAAAGGGUGAAGGCCGUCACUGACUUAACUCGAGAACAUUUGCAGAAGGGUGAUUGGAAGGGUCUAGAAUUUAAAGACUAUAACUACAAUGCUCGAGGCGCGACCUUGGAAGCAGGCCAUCUCCAUCCUUUACUCAAGGUGCGGGAACAAUUCCGAAAAAUCUUCCUUCAAAUGGGUUUUGAGGAGAUGCCAACAAAUAACUUUGUCGAAAGCAGCUUUUGGAAUUUUGAUGCCCUGUUCCAGCCGCAGCAACACCCUGCUCGUGAUUCACAUGAUACUUUCUUUCUACAAGAUCCUUCUACUACAAAACAGCUGCCUGAAGACUAUGUUGAGAGGGUGAAGCAUGUUCAUGAAUCUGGUGGUCAUGGGUCUAGAGGAUAUGGUUAUGAAUGGAAAAGGGAGGAGGCAGACAAGAACUUGCUCCGGACCCACACAACUGCAGUUUCGUCAAGGAUGCUUUACUUGCUUGCACAGAAACCUUUUAGCCCCCGAAGGUAUUUCUCUAUAGAUCGUGUUUUCCGGAAUGAAGCUGUAGAUCGAACUCAUCUUGCAGAGUUCCACCAAAUAGAAGGUCUCGUUUGCGAUCGUGGGCUCACUCUCGGUGACUUGAUUGGUGUCUUGCAUGACUUCUUCGCACGCCUGGGUAUGUCGAAGCUGCGUUUCAAACCUGCUUAUAAUCCAUAUACGGAGCCCAGCAUGGAAAUUUUCAGUUAUCAUGAGGGUUUCAAGAAAUGGGUGGAGGUUGGGAAUUCGGGAAUGUUUAGGCCUGAAAUGCUGCUUCCGAUGGGGCUCCCAGAGGAUGUUAGUGUGAUUGCAUGGGGCCUUUCUCUUGAAAGACCCACCAUGAUUCUGUAUGGAAUUGACAACAUACGAGAUCUUUUUGGACACAAGGUGGAUUUAGGUCUCAUCCAGACUAACCCAAUCUGCCGCCUAGGAGUUCAGUAGGUUUCAGGUCCAUUAAAUACAUAUACAUGUUUUUCCCCCCUGAGAAUGAAUUGGAUGUUCUAGCCAGUUAGAUGUUGGUGGGGUAAUGGCAAAAGACUGGUAGUUUUAGCAUCUCAAGUACCGUGUAAAAUUAUUUUUGGUGAUUUGUUGUAAUUGGAGGAGUUUUAGUGAAUUUUUGCAAGAGUACUGAUCUGGUUUGAACA